CUGUCUAGCAUCAGACAACAGCGAGAGAGGGCCCCUGAAAUUUAUGUUGGCCGCUGCCAUGGCCCAAACACAUGUUUGCUGUUUGCGACCUGCUUCGUGCCUGAGUCCAGAACCAACCCCAAAACAGCCUAGCCUGGUUUGCCCCCCUCAGAAAACCCCCCAAGAGCAAAAAAGACUGGAAAAAAACCCCACCAAACCCGCUAAAUAAUAAACCUCGAUUUUUCCCCUCCCAUUCAUCCUCUCUCUUUCUCUUCUCCAGCCUUGUGCCAAUCCAUCAUCUAUCCCUCUUUAUUCCUUCCUCUUCGUUUCCCCUUCUCUUGUAGGAUAUUACUCUACCCUCCUUCAAAAUGAUUAUUUACAAGGACAUCAUCUCUGGUGACGAGGUUCUCGCCGACACCUACAACAUCAAGACCGUCGACGGCGUCUUCUACGAGUGCGACUGCAAGAAGUACCUCAAGAAGACCAACGAGGACUUCGAGCUCGAGGGUGCCAACCCCUCCGCUGAGGAUGGCGGCGAGGAAGGUGGUGAAGGUGGUGAGGUGAUGGUCCACGACAUUGAGGACCAGUUCCGCCUCGUCUGGCUCAAGCCCGAGGAAGGUCUCAAGCCUUCCAAGGAUGCCUUCAAGGGUCACCUUAAGACCUACAUGAAGAAGGUCCUCAACGCUCUCACCGAGAAGGGCGCCCCCGCUGAGACCAUCGACGAGUUCAAGAAGGGCGCGCCCGCCGCUGUCAAGAAGAUCCUCGCUAACUACGACAACUACGAUGUUCUUAUGGGCCAGGCCAUGGACGGUGAUGCUAUGCACGUCCUGAUUGACUUCCGUGAGGACGGUGUCACCCCCUACGCCACUCUCUGGAAGCACGGUCUCGAGGAGAUGAAGGUCUAAAGCAUUACGAUUUCAUGAAGAAUAUUGUUCAACGAAGGAAAUAAAAUAAGGGAGAUGGAGAAUGCAAUCCCCUAUGCUGAUUGCUAUCUCGUUUUCAUAUAAUAUCCUAAGCUCUUCCAUAUCGCAUAUUCUGGAUCCUAUUUGAUCAGAGUCACGCCUCAUGAAUUCCAUACCUGUUACGCCCACCCAUAUCUUUCCUCGCCAGACAACCAUAAAUUACCACAUCAUCCUUAUAGUCAAUUAUUUAGCAUUUAUCCAGGUCCCCUAAUUGGCCCAUAAAACUAAUAUCAUGAUAAAAACUUCGGGAAGCCAUAUCCUUGCCAAGUAUAUGGAAACUUUCAAAUAAUA